GGGUUGGGUUCCCCGAUGUCCUUGGGUGCCGGGUUUCCCGCGGGGGUCUGGCCGCUGGGCUCCCCCCGUUCCCAGCCCGCGCUGAGCGCGCCGCGUCCCCGCAGGGAUCAGAAAGCCGCGGAGCAGCUGACGCGGACCCUGCGCGGCGUCAUGCGCGUGGGGCUGGUGGCCAAGGGGCUGCUGCUGAAAGGAGACCUGGACCUGGAGCUGGUCCUGCUGUGCAAGGACAAGCCCACCUCCGAGCUCCUGCAGAAAGUGGCCGACAACCUGGGCGUGCAGCUGGCGGCCAUCACCGAAGACAAAUACGAGAUCAUCCAAUCGGUCGGGGACGCCGCCAUCGUCAUCAAGAACACGAAGGAGCCGCCGCUGACGCUCACCAUCCACCUGACGUCGCCGGUGGUGCGCGAGGAGAUGGAGAAGCAGCUCGCCGGAGGUACGGGAGAUCCGGAACCCCGCGGCCGGGCCGGGCCGAUCCGUUCGGUUCCGGCUCCGUCCUGGAGCCCCACGGGGAGCGCAUCCCCCGGGGCAUUUGAGCUCCGAGAGCGCCCGGUGCCUCCAGGCAGGAGCCACGACCCCGAGCGGGGCCUUUUCCCAGUGGGGCCUCACUGCUUUGCUCCUUUUUUGUUGCGCCUGAUGCGGAUCUUCGUGAACGACGACCGCCACGUGAUGGCGAAGCACAGCGCCGUGUACCCGACGCAGGAGGAGCUGGAGGCGGUGCAGAACAUGGUGUCCCACACCGAGCGCGCGCUCAAGGCCGUCUCCGAUUGGAUCGACGAGCAGGAGAAGGUCGGCGGCGGGGAGCAGCCCGAGGCCGAGGCCAUGGAGACGGCGGCGGAGGAGGAGAACAAGGAGGGGGGCGGUUUUGCCGACGCCGACGCCGCCUUCUCGCGCCCAGAGGAGAAAGUGGAGCCGCCCCAGGCCAUGAACGCGCUGAUGAAGCUGAACCAGCUCAAACCCGGCCUCCAGUACAAGCUGGUGUCCCAGACCGGCCCCGUGCACGCUCCCAUCUUCACCAUGUCGGUGGAAAUCGACGGCAGCACCUUCGAGGCGUCGGGGCCGUCCAAGAAGACGGCCAAGCUGCACGUGGCCGUCAAGGUGCUGCAGGAUAUGGGGUUGCCCACGGGAGCGGAGGGCAAGGAAUCCGGCAAAGGCGACGAGUCGGCCGAGGAGACGGAGCAGAAGCCGGUGGUGGUGGCUCCUCCGCCCGUGGUGGAAGCGGUGUCGACACCCAGCGCCGCUUCCCCUCCUUCGGAUCAGACCUCAGAGAACGUGAAGCAGCAGGGACCAAUCCUGACCAAGCACGGCAAGAACCCGGUGAUGGAGCUGAACGAGAAGCGGCGCGGGCUCAAGUACGAGCUCAUCUCCGAGACGGGCGGCAGCCACGACAAGCGCUUCGUCAUGGAG